AUGCUAGCAAAGGAAAUGGAAGUUUGUUGUUUUUUCGUAAAACUGUUGUUAUUGGAAUUGUUAUUAAUCUCUGGCAUUGUGAUAGCCAAUGCCCAUCAGAAAAGGAACUGGUAUUCAAAUCAUUUUUAUGGCGGGGACACUGUUUUGUAUGGCCCUGAUAAACAUACAAGGUUUUCUGCUCUGGAAGAACACAUUCUGAUGGAGGAAAGGUCUACCUGGGCAGGCCAUGAUAAAAAGGAUUUUGAAGCUCUGCUGUCCUUCAAAGAUUGUAUUACAGCGGACCCCAUGCAAUCACUCUCCAGCUGGACUUUUAGCAAUUCAGAAAACGUAUGCUCGUGGAAUGGUGUUUGGUGCAGAAAGCAUACCCACAGAGUUGUGGCCCUGAUUCUCCCUCACUUGGAGUUGGAAGGUACUAUUUCUUCUUCCAUAGAAAGCCUCUCCUUGUUACACACUUUGAAUCUCUCUCAAAAUUCUUUCACCGGAUGGAUUCCACCUCAACUUGGCCAACUGAAAGCAUUGAGGAUACUUGAUCUCAGCCAAAAUCUACUGAAUGGUUCCAUUCCCAAAUAUCUUGGCGAUUGCACGCACCUUGAGUGGGUAGAUUUGUCCCACAAUCACCUCAGCGGAAUGAUUCCAGUUUCUUUGGGCAACUGCACACAACUUCGACUUAUUUCCUUGCAAGAAAAUGGUUUGAUGGGGACGAUACCAACGGAAUUUGGUCGUCUGAAAAUGUUGGAGGUGCUUGACCUCAGCUAUAAUCCAUGGAAGAGCGAAAUACCUGCAGAUUUGGGUAAUUGUUCUUCACUCAAGGAAUUGUUUUUGGGUAACGAGCUGACUGGUUAUAUACCACCUCAACUGGGAAAUUUGAAAGAGCUUCGGAAAUUAGUACUGCAAGGUCCAGGUAAUCUUACUGGCUCUAUUCCUGCAACAAUAGGCAACUGUAGCAAUCUUAUUUAUCUAGAUUUGGGGAUCAAUAAGAUCAAGGGACCACUUCCAAUGAGUAUCUACAAACUUCCUCUGUCGACUCUUUCUUUGUUGGGUAAUGGUGUGGAAGGGAGACUACCAGAAGCCAUUUUCAAUAUGACCACACUGACGUUCUUAAAUCUUGGUGUCAACAGUUAUAAAGAAACCAUUCCAGAGAGCAUUGGAAUGUUAACAAACUUGGUCAUUUUGAAUUUAGGCACAAAUAGAUUAACUGGGAGCAUACCUCAAGGAAUAGCCAAUCUGACCCUACUUCAAGAGCUUUACCUCGACACUAACAAUCUGAUAGGAACACUCACAAACGCCACAGGAAAGCUCCAAUCUUUGAAAAAGCUCGUUCUGCACUCAAACUCAUUAGAUGGAUCUAUACCAUUUGGUAUUGGUGAGCUCAAGAACCUUGUUUAUCUAGAUUUCCACAGCAACAGUUUUUCUGGGCUUAUUCCUGACAGCAUUGGCUGUCUGGUUUCACUUCAGACAUUGGAUGUAUCUUAUAAUCAGCUUACAGGACAAAUUCCACAAUCCAUAGGCAACUGCAGCAAUCUUGUUUAUCUAGAUCUGGGGAACAAUAAAAUCAAGGCACCACUUCCAGUGAGUAUAUCCAAGCUUCCCCUGUCGACUCUUUCUUUGUUGGGUAAUGGUAUGGAAGGGAGACUGCCAGAAGUCGUUUUCAAUACGACCACAUUGAGGUUCUUAUAUCUUGGUGUCAACAGUUAUAAAGAAACCAUUCCAGAGAGCAUUGGAAUGUUAACAAACUUGGUCAUUUUGAAUUUAGGCACAAAUAGAUUAACUGGGAGCAUACCUCAAGGAAUAGCCAAUCUGACCCUACUUCAAGAGCUUUACCUCGACACUAACAAUCUGAUAGGAACACUCACAAACGCCACAGGAAAGCUCCAAUCUUUGAAAGAGCUCGCUCUGCACUCAAACUCAUUAGAUGGAUCUAUACCAUUUGGUAUUGGUGAGCUCAAGAACCUUGUUUAUCUAGGUUUCCACAGCAACAGUUUUUCUGGGCUUAUUCCUGACAGCAUUGGCGGUCUGGUUUCACUUCAGAUAUUGGAUGUAUCUUAUAAUCAGCUUACAGGACAAAUUCCACAAUCCAUAGGCAACUGCAGCAAUCUUGUUUAUCUAGAUCUGGGGAACAAUAAAAUCAAGGCACCACUUCCAAUGAGUAUAUCCAAGCUUCCCCUGUCGACUCUUUCUUUGUUUGGUAAUGGUAUGGAAGGGAGACUGCCAGAAGCCGUUUUCAAUACGACCACAUUGAGGUUCUUAUAUCUUGGUGUCAACAGUUAUAAAGAAACCAUUCCAGAGAGCAUUGGAAUGUUAACAAACUUGGUCAUUUUGAAUUUAGGCACAAAUAGAUUAACUGGGAGCAUACCUCAAGGAAUAGCCAAUUUGACCCUACUUCAAGAGCUUUACCUUCACACUAACAAUCUGACAGGAACAUUGACAAACACCAUGGGGAAGCUCCAAUCUUUGAAAGUUCUCGAUCUGCACUCAAGCUCACUAAAUGGAUCCAUACCAUUUGGUAUUAGUGAACUCAAAAAUCUUGUCUAUCUAGAUUUCCACAGCAACAAUUUUUCAGGGUUUAUUCCUGACAGCGUUGGCAGACUGGCUUCACUUCAGAUGUUGGAUGUAUCUCAUAAUCAGCUUACAGGACAAAUUCCACAAUCCAUAGGCAACUGCAGCAAUCUUGUUUAUCUAGAUCUGGGGAACAAUAAAAUUAAGGCACCACUUCCCAUUAGUAUCUUUCAACUUCCCCUCUCCGUUCUUUCUUUGGUGAGUAAUGGCAUGGAAGGGAGACUGCCAGAAGCCGUUUUCAAUAUGACCACAUUGACAUUCUUAAAUCUUGGUGACAAUAGUUAUAGGGGAACAAUUCCAGAGAGCUGUGGGAGGUUAACAAAAUUGUACCUUUUGAAUUUAGGUACAAAUAGAUUAACAGGGCGCAUACCUGCAGGAAUAGCUAAUUUGACCCUACUUCAAUCUCUUUACCUCGACAACAACAAUCUGACAGGAACACUGACAAAUGCCAUAGGGAAGCUCCAAUCUUUGAAAGCUUUCAGUUUGCAGUCAAACUCAUUAAAUGGAUCUAUACCAGUUAGUAUUAGUGAACUCAAAAAUCUUGUUUAUCUAGAUUUGCACAACAACAGUUUUUUUGGGUAUAUUCCUGAGAUCAUAGGUAAUCUGGUUUCACUUCUGACGUUGGAUGUAUCUAAUAACUUCUUGACCGGAAAAAUUCCUGCAACAUUGGCUAAUUGUACAGCCUUGAAGAGGCUAAAGCUAUCCAACAACUCCUUCUAUGGGGAUCUUGAUAUUAAUUUUUCUUAUUUCAUUGAAGUUCUUUCAGUUCAUAGUAAUAAGUUUUCUGGGACUCUGCCUGCUUCCUUGGCCAAUUGUACACAUCUUCAGCUUCUGGAUUUCAGCAGGAAUAGACUGACAGGUGAGUUUCCUCCAGGCCUUCUUGCAAAUUGUCAAGAGUUGAGAGUUAUAAGCCUUGGCUCUAAUGAACUUGAGGGCAGAAUACCUCUGUGGAUCACAAACCUCACCAGUUUGCAGGUGUUGGGCUUGUCCAAUAAUAAAUUUAUCGGAAGAAUUCCCUCUCGUCUGAAGGACCUUGAGGGAUUCCGAAACACAGAAACUUCUCGAGUGACAGGUAGCACACUAUAUGAAGAGAUACCCAUAGUGGAGAAAGGAAAGGAGUAUACAAUUACUUAUGUUCUAGCAGCAAACAUUAUACUGGACCUGUCAUACAAUAAUCUUAUUGGGGAAAUACCAGAAAGCAUUGGACAUCUAUCUAGCAUGAGGCUGUUAAAUCUGUCUGGAAAUCAUCUGGAAGGUAGAAUACCCGCAUCUUUGGGGCAAAUAUCAAGCCUGGAACAGUUGGACCUGUCUAGGAAUAAUUUAAGCGGACAGAUACCGGAGGAGCUGUCUAACUUGUCCUUCUUGGCCUACUUCACUGUUUCUUUCAACAAUCUUUGUGGGCAUAUACCCAGAGGAACGCAGUUUUCAGGUUUUGAUGAGGGUUCAUAUCAGGGAAACCCUCCCUGUUUAUGUGACAAUACAAAUAUAUUAACUUUCAGGAAAUGCUACAAAAAUAUGCCAUUGGUGUCACCUUCCGAAAAUGGUGAGAAGUCAGUGUGGAGCAGGAUAGAUGAGUACGUGUCAGUGAUGGGUGUGGGGUUGGGGUGGGGGAUUGGAUUUGGCGGAACAUUGUCACUGAUUGUCUGGUGGGGCGAACUAGGGCGUUGGAUUAGGGCCCUCAGAAGAAGAGUAUUUCAUGGAGUUGCAGGCUCCCAAAGUUGUAGUUGGAGUCUGAAUUACAGGCCUCGUUUUUCAUUUCAACCAUCCACAUCUGCAUCUUCAUCUGCAUCGUCAUCAGCAUCUUCAUCCACAUCCGCGCCCGUUUUUUAG